AUGAACCAAACAAGCUUAUCAGACAUGAACCAACCAGGCAUGAGCAAGCUACACACGAGCUUACUUGGUAUGAACGAACUAUACAUGAACCAACCAAGUACAAACCUACCUGACACGUAUCAACUGGGCCUACGCCAAAUAGGCAUGAGGAAGCCUGGCACAUGGCAACUAGGCCCAAUGCAGCCAGUCAUGAGACAAGCAUGCACGAGCCAAUCUAGCACAAGUCAACCAGGCUGGAGCCAAUCAGGCAGGAGACAACCAAACAUGAAGCCUUUCCAGAUAAGACCUGCAGAAGCUGAAGACUGCCCAAAAAUCCUGCGCCUAAUUAAAGAAUUGGCUGCCUGUGAAUACAUGCUAGAUGCAUUGAAGUUAACAGCAAUGGGCUGCAUCUUUGCUGAAUUCAUUUAUUAG